AUGUCAAAGAUUCUUCCUGAACUGUUCGUUGGUAACAUCUACCAAGCAAAUAGUCUCUUUGGUCCCUGCAUGGAUCACACAUUAGCGUUCAAUGGACUCGAUUCAACCGAGGCUAGCUACCCUGUCAUUAAAGCAGUCGUCACUGUCUGUUUUGAUCAAACAAUUUGGUGUAACUUUCGCAGGGGAGCCACAAAGUCGGAUUGUACCUCAGAAGAUUGUGAUCCAGAAUGCCCAGUGCUACCACAAGAGUUGUUAAAGUACAAGAAUAACAGCUAUUUAAACCUCCAUUUCGAUAAAGUUUCAGCCCGUAAAGAGGGUGAAUCGCAGCACACGCUCCAUUCUAUCAUACUUGCUGAUGAUUCCAACGAUGAAGGACUUUUUAAUGCCUUUGGAUUUGUAUACGAUUUAGUGGAGUACGUUAGAGAACAAAAUGGCAGCGUUUUCAUUCACUGCACGGCAGGAAUGUCGAGAAGUGUAACACUAACCACUUCCUAUUUAAUCAAAAAGUGGAACAAGGGCUUUAACCAAGUCUAUCGCUAUGUUUCAAGCAUUCAUCCAAAGGCAGCUAUAAGCAAUGGAUUUGCUUAUCAGCUAAGACUAUACAAGAGAUACAGAUGUACUGUUGAUCAGGGAUUUGCAAACUACUAUUUCAACACCUACAGUUUUGAUGAGGAUUAUCUAAUGAUGGAAGACGAACCAGAGCGCCAAGAUGAUGAAUCUAAACUCGUAUACUCAUGCAAAGCAUGCAGAGAAGUAUUAUUUUUCGAUAUUAAUACAGUGCCACAUGAUAAAGAUAAAAAUUCUAGUGAAGAAUGCAGUUCGGUAUUUAUAGAACCUAUGGAUUGGAUGCCUGGACUAGAAGCGCAAGAUGGACGUUUGUCUUGUAAAAAUACAAAAUGCAAUUCUAAAUUGGGCUAUUAUUCUUGGCACGGAAGAAGGUGCUCUUGCGGUCAUCUCCAGGUGCCUGCAUUCCAGAUCCAAUCAUCUAAAGUUGAUGUAUUUUUUAUGGAUCCAAAAAUUCACAGAAAUGGUCCUGUUAGAAAUGUACACUUAACGUAG